AUGGCUCAGGCUUCACCACCGUGGUCCGCUCGCCCCAUCACAAACAACUCCCGUGCUUUGUACUACAGACGACGCUCCAAUCCAAUGCAACUAGAAACCGAGUUGACAUGGCUUUCCCGGGUGGGGGAUCCUGGCCGGAAUGUCAUGUUUGCUGUGACCCAGACCUGGACGAUGAAAACCCCCCGAGAGGUGCCAAGUUCGUCGUGUCAGCGUCGGGUUUCGUCCCAAGAAAUCCCGCCUCAGACACAGACAAAGACCCUUCGUCCUCUUCGAGAGCCGGUCCGUGUUUGCCGACGAGCCGCGGGCAUUGUUGUUUUGCUCAAUCGAGGCAGGUUAGUACCCGACGAGCUCGUGCUUGCUUGCCCGUCCUCCCCACCCCCCUCUGAUGUUUCGUCUGAACACCGACUCGGUCUGAAGCAGGAAGAGUGGCAGCCCUCUUCUCUCCCCCAUUCCUUCGAAUGA